UGUUGGGAGACGGAUCUGUUUCAGCGAGUCCAACUCCACAAGAAGUAGCCCCGACACCACAGGACCCGCUGAAUACUGGAACUGUUAAUGGAAACCCGAAUCCAGCGCCUCCAAACGCAGAGUCCGAACAACCACAGCAACAACCCGAGACGUUUUCACAGCAACAACCCGUGACUACCCCUCAGCAACAACCCGUGGCUAAACCUCAACAACAACCAGUGGCCAACGGGCAGCAAUCUCCAGCGUCCUACGGACAGCAAUCACCAGUGUUUAACGGACCGCAAUCACCAGUUUUUAUCGGACAGCAAUCACCAGUAGCCAACGGGCAGCAACCACCAGUGUCCAACGGGCAGCAACCACCAGUGGCCAACGGGCAGCAACCACCAGUGUCCUACGGACAGCAAUCACCAGUGUUUAACGGACAGCAAUCACCAGUUUUUAUCGGACAGCAAUCACCAGUGUCCAACGCGCAGCAAUCACCAGUGGCCAACGCGCAGCAAUCACCAAUGCAUCAAACCGUGGCUAACCCUCAGCAACAACUCACGAGUAACCUUCAGCAACAACUACUCAUGACUUUUUUACAGCAGCUACAACCCGUGGCUACCCCUCAGCAACAACCCGUGGCUAAUCCUCAGCAACAACCCGUUGUUAACCAACAGCAACCACCAGCGUCGAACACAAACCAGUCAUUUGUGUUGAGCACAAACCAAUCACCAGUUUUAAACAUACAACAAGCACCAGUUUUAAACACACAACAAUCACCAGUGGCCAACGGGCAGCAAUCACCAGUGGCCAACGGGCAGCAACCACCAGCGUCCUACGGACAGCAAUCACCAGUGUUUAACGGACAGCAAUCACCAGUUUUUAUCGGACAGCAAUCACCAGUGUCCAACGGGGAGCAAUCACCAACGCAACAACCCGUGGCUAACCCUCAGCAACAACCCGUGGCUAAACCUCAGCAACAACCCGUGGCUACCCCUCAGCAACAACACGUAGCUAAACCUCAGCAACAACCCGUGGCUACCCCUCAGCAACAACACGUAGCUAAACCUCAGCAACAACCCGUGGCUACCCCUCAGCAACAACACGUAGCUAAACCUCAGCAACAACCCGUGGCUAAACCUCAGCAACAAAGCGUAGCUAAACCUCAGCAACAACCCGUGGCUAAACCUCAACAACAACCCGUGGCUAAACCUCAACAACAACCAGCGGCUUACCCUCAGCAACGACCCGUGGCUAAACCUCAGCAACAACAGUUUUACCCACAGCGACAACCAGUGGCUUACCCACAGCAACAACCAGUAGCUAACCCUCAGCAACAACACGUGGUCAAGCCUCAGCAACAACCGGUGGCUAAGCCUCAGCAACAACCCGUGGCUAAACCUCAGCAACAACCCGUGGCUAAACCUCAGCAACAACUCGUGGCUAAACCUCAGCAACAACAGUUUUACCCACAGCGACAACCAGUGGCUUACCCACAGCAACAACCAGUAGCUAACCCUCAGCAACAACACGUGGUCAAGCCUCAGCAACAACCGGUGGCUAAGCCUCAGCAACAACCCGUGGCUAAGCCUCAGCAACAACAGUUUUACCCACAGCGACAACCAGUGGCUUACCCACAGCAACAACCAGCGGCUUACCCUCAGCAACAACCCGUGGCUAAACCUCAGCAACAACCCGUUGCUAAACCUCAGCAACAACAGUUUUACCCACAGCGACAACCAGUGGCUUACCCACAGCAACAACCAGUAGCUAACCCUCAGCAACAACACGUGGUCAAGCCUCAGCAACAACCGGUGGCUAAGCCUCAGCAACAACCCGUGGCUAAGCCUCAGCAACAACAGUUUUACCCACAGCGACAACCAGUGGCUUACCCACAGCAACAACCAGCGGCUUACCCUCAGCAACAACCCGUGGCUAAACCUCAGCAACAACCCGUUGCUAAACCUCAGCAACAACAGUUUUACCCACAGCGACAACCAGUGGCUUACCCACAGCAACAACCAGUAGCUAACCCUCAGCAACAACACGUGGUCAAGCCUCAGCAACAACCGGUGGCUAAGCCUCAGCAACAACCCGUGGCUAAGCCUCAGCAACAACCCGUGGCUAAGCCUCAGCAACAACAGUUUUACCCACAGCGACAACCAGUGGCUUACCCACAGCAACAACCAGUAGCUAACCCUCAGCAACAACACGUGGUCAAGCCUCAGCAACAACCGGUGGCUAAGCCUCAGCAACAACCCGUGGCUAAGCCUCAGCAACAACAGUUUUACCCACAGCAACAACCAGCGGCUUACCCUCAGCAACAACCAGUAGCUAACCCUCAGCAACAACACGUGGUCAAGCCUCAGCAACAACCGGUGGCUAAGCCUCAGCAACAACCCGUGGCUAAACCUCAGCAACAACCCGUUACUACCCCUCAGCAACAAACCGAUGCCAUCCCUUAUCAACAACAGUUUUACCCAAAGCGACAACCAGUGGCUUACCCACAGCGACAACCAGUGGCUAACCCACAGCAACAACCCGUGGCUAAACCUCAGCAACAACCCGAUGCUAACCCUCAUCAACAACAGUUUUACCCACAGCGACAACCAGUGGCUAACCCACAGCAACAACCGGUGGCUAAGCCUCAGCAACAACCCGAUGCUAACCCUCAUCAACAACAGUUUUACCCACAGCGACAACCAGUGGCUUACUCACAGCAACAACAGUUUUACCCACAGCAACCAGUAGUUUACCCACAGCAACCAGUAGUUUACCCACAGCAACCAGUAGUUUACCCACAGGAACCAGUAGUUUACCCACAGCAACCAGUAGUUUACCCACAGGAACCAGUAGUUUACCAACAGCAACAACAGUUUUACCCACAGCAACAACCAGCAGCUUACCCACAGCAACAACCAGCAGCUUACCCACAGCAACAAAAUUAUUUUUUUUUGUGUUGCAUCUAGGGUAAACAGCUGAUUUGUAGUUGCCCGUGUUAUUUUUUUAAAUAAUUAAUGUUUAUUUGCAUAUUAUUUCCCUAAAUACAUCUCAACACUGAGGAAAUAUUAAAUAUAUAGUGCUUGCUAUUCAGUUUUACAAUAUUUUACGUAUUACUUGUGAAAUUAGUGAAGUUGAUAAAUUCACGGUUACCGGCGUUGAGGAUUUGCUAAAUUGUCAUCUCGAUAUAAGGUAAAAUAUAGCAUUAUUUUAGCGAAAUCGGCUAUUUUGCGUCAUAAUACUUGUGUUUACAAGGAAACCAGUAAAUAUAGCUUAAGUAUUAGGCCGUAUAAGUUAAUAAUAUUAAUGAACAUAACCUCUUCGAGUUUGUUGACACAACUCCUUUGUUUAAAACUACUUAACCUUUCUACUAAUUUUCUUGACUAAUUAGCUUCACAUCUCUUAAUUAUUAUUAUAACUUCCUUCUUACUGUCUCUGUCUCCAUUUCCAAUAUGAUUCUCACACGUAAAGUCCAUGCUCGCCAGGAGGAGUCAAAGCUUAACUUGGCUUUGAGCGAACUAAAGGCCUCAAGGGAGUUGUGUGAACAAUUAAUGAGGGAAAGAGAUGACAAUGAGAGGGAAUUCUUAGACGUGUUAAACAGUAAUAAGAAGCUUAAAUGUGAAAUGGCUCAGUUACAUACUCAACACACUGAAGCCAUUGAGGCCCGGGAUAGACUCCAAUUCGUUGUGGACGGAUUCAGUCAAUGCAGCAGUGAGUACGAACAAACAUUACAUGAUAAAGCUCAUUUGGAACAGCAGCUGCAUGAGGCCAAUAAUCAAAUUAGCCACCUUGAAACGAUUAAUCAUAACAUCACGGCCAGUCUGAAUAACAGUCUCUUCAGCGAAUUGGUGUCAGCCCGUGCUUCUCAAUCACAACAUAUAGACUUGAAUCCAUUGACUAUAGACUUAACUUGUGAAAGUGAUUCAUGUCAUUCCUCAAGAACUCUUUGUUACAGUAAUAAAAAACUAAAGAAGUAUAUUAAAAUAAACAAAUUCAUAACAAAGACUAACAGAUUGGUGAAAAGACAAAAGUUUUUCAUAAAAAAUGUAAAAUUAAACAAAGAACGGUUCCGGCUUUUAAAUCAACUAAAUAUUUAUUCUAACAAAUUAAAUCAAAGGAAUAGGAAAUAUGAAACUGACACACAGAACUUACAACUAGAAAUAGAUCAUUUAACAGCAAAGUUGCACACAAUGACCAAUAAAUAUAGUGCAUCAGAAAAACAAAUGAGGGAAUACAUGUUGGCUAUGGAUGAGUUAGUGCGGUCACAGUCACAGGAAAACCCAUGUGAAAAAUGUGAUUCUAGUAAUGUGCUGCCUGCUUGUACUGUGCCAACGUGUGAUACCACCUUGCCUCAUGGUGCCAGUUUAUUACUUCCUAGCCAAUGUAAUAAUAACUCUAGCUGUAAUAACAAUAAUGUUGUGAUCUUCAGUGAUGAGAUUGGUAAAAACUUAGGUUCCUUAUUGACAAGUAAAUACCCUGGACAAUCAAUAAUAAAUCACUGUAUGCCCGGCUGUACUUUUGGUAAUAUUUUGGAGAGAAUUAUUAAUUAUAAUUUUAAUCAUGAUGCUACCCUCAUAAUUAUUUGUGCAAAUAGAGGUAGUUUGAAUAAAAAUAAUUUUCUUAAAUAUUCAAUAAUAUAGGUUCACUUGUAGCACUUAAACUAAAGCAAAUAAUUUUGUUUACAUUACCUUACAGCAAUAGCUUGCCACAGGAAGAAAAUAACCAUAGAUAUAAAUUAAAUGUUGCAAUGUGUAAUUGCAUAAAUUAUAAUUUAUGCAAUUGCACAAAUGUACAUAUUAUUGACACCAACAAUUAUGUUGGUAAACAUGUAUGUUUGACGAAAGAUAGGUACUAUCUUUCCAGGUAUUAUUUAAGACAGAUAGCUGUGUCGCUAUCAUAUUUUAUUAAUAUAACAGCCAAAAACUUGGCUAAACAGGUUGCUCCUAUUGAGCAACAUUCAAAGAUUGACAUAGCUCAAAAUAAUUCUAUUGACAUUCCCUAUAAUUUAAAUUAAAUUAAAAAUUUAAAAAACCCCCGACAUAAAAAUUAAUUUCCCUUUAAAAAGUAAAAAAAUAAUAAAAGAAACUUAAUCUUAAAUUACCUAAGAAGGUACUAAUAAUUCUAAAAAAAAAUACGUCGCGUUGAGGGACCGCUCCUAAUUAUUUCUUACUUAUCUACGAUUUGUUCAUAAGUAUCACAUGCUUGGUGUUAACAUUAAAGUAAAUUAUUGGUGUUUAAGUACUUAACUAUAACGCAGAAAAUAGAAAUAUAGCGGCGCGGGCGGCGGUGUGCAGUCCGUAUUCAUGCAGUCCCCCAACGAGACGAAUUUUUUUUUAGAAUUAUUAGUACCUUCUUAGGUAAUUUAAGAUUAAGUUUCUUUUAUUAUUUUUUUACUUUUUAAAGGGAAAUUAAUUUUUAUGUCGGGGGUUUUUUAAAUUUUUAAUUUAAUUUUUUAUUUUAUACUUUUAAUUUCGAUUCUUGUUAAGGUAAAGAUUACAUCUAAGGUCAAGCUCGUUCGCUUUUUUUUUGACUUAUUAAUUACUAGUUUUUGUUUCAUUAAGUAGGCUAAAGAUUACAUUGGUGCAAGAUUUUUUGUUUAUAAUAAAACGUUAAAUUAAAAAUUUUAUAUUUUUGUUAUUAAAUUUUUAUUUUUUUUAUUUUUUUAUUUAAUUUUUUAUUUUUGUUAAUACGAAAAAAUAAUAUCUUUCAAUAUCUUCUUUCAGUGCGGUUUAAUUUGAGACCCCAUCCCAGUAUAUUUGCAGACCUUCGGCUAAUCUCCCCACUUUCACCGCCCAUAACUUUAAAACGGCUCAACCGAUUUUCAUCAAACAUGUCUAAGAACACUCGCACAUAAGUCCCCUUUCAUACGAAAAAAACUAAAUUGAAAUCACUGCAUCCGUUCGGGAGUUAUGAUGCCACAGACAGACAGACAGACACGUCAAACUUAUAACACCCCUCUUUUUGCGUCGGGGGUUAAAAAAAAGACAAGAGAGUCCACCUCUUGCAAAUAUAACAGUAAUGUUAUCAAUCUGGUUCACCAAAAUAUUCAAGGUUUUAUGAGCAAGGAAUUAGAAAUAGAACUAUUUUUAAAUUGUAAUAAUGUUGAUAUUCUGUGCAUUACUGAGCAUUGGUUGAAAUCUCAUCAACUAAUGUUCAACUUUGAUAAUCAUCAGAUUGGUAGCUCGUUCAGCAGGGAAAACGCUAUACAUGGUGGUUCACUAAUUUUACUAAAUAACAAACUUAAAUUUAAAGAACGCAAGGAUAUAGUUAGUUACUCUGUUGAACGUACUGUUGAAAUAGCCUGUGUGGAAUUAGAGCGGUUUAUUGUUUUAAGUGUAUAUAGACCACCUACUGGUUUGUAUGACUGUUUUGAAACAGUAUUAGAUGAAGUGUUAAAUAAACUCAGUAGUUCAAAUAAAUUCAUCAUUACUUGUGACGAUUUUAAUGUAAAUUUGUUAGAAAAUUCUAGUUUAAGUACAAAAAUUGUAAGUUUAUUUGCCUCAUUUAACCUCACGAACCUGUUUCUGGAGCCCACUAGGAUAACUCCUACUAGUGCCACUUGCCUAGAUAAUAUUUAUACUGAUAUUGUACCAACUAAUAAACAAAUUAUAUCAUUGCUUGAUUCAGAUCAUUGUGGACAAUUAAUUUCAAUAACAAAUAAAGUAAAUAAAGUGUCGAAACCA